UUUCUUAUAAACGUAUUUUCUUCCAAAGAAAUUCACCCACCCCUCCUUUUUCAAACUCAAUUCUCAAUUCCAUCCCAAUUCAAAAAGAAGAAGGCCCCCAACUGCAGGCGUACGUUACCUCGCUGUCCUCCCACAUUCUUCCUUCCGGGUGCUUUCUUCUUCCCCCGCCAUCCUCUCUCGGCUUCUAUAUAUAUACACACCCACGAAAUCAAACGCCUGCAAACCAAAGCUAGCAGAGAGGGAAGAAACGGCUUAGACAUCUUUUCUCAAUUCCUGCCGCGGACUGGAGCAGAUCCUCUCACUAGCUCAUUAUUCAUCACCGCAGCUUUAGUUAACAGCAAAUGGGAUCUACUGCUGAAGCUGCGACCAUGGCGAAGCACCCAUGGAAGUUUAGCUGAGAAGAAGCCUACUGUUGUUUUUGUGUUGGGUGGCCCGGGCAGCGGAAAGGGUACACAAUGUGCAAAUAUUGUUGAGCACUUCGGUUAUACACAUCUUAGUGCAGGGGAUCUUCUUCGGGCAGAAAUCAAGUCUGGGUCUGAGAAUGGAACCAUGAUCCAGAACAUGAUUAAGGAGGGAAAGAUUGUGCCUUCAGAGGUUACAAUUAAGUUCCUCGAGAAAGCAAUACUGGGUAUUGACAACGACAAAUUCCUAAUUGAUGGUUUCCCUAGGAAUGAGGAAAACCGGGCUGCAUUUGAAGCUGUGACAAAAAUCGAGCCAGAAUUUGUCCUCUUUUUUGAUUGUCCAGAAGGAGAGAUGGAAAGGCGACUUUUGAGUAGGAACCAGGGAAGAGAAGAUGAUAACAUUGAAACUAUAAGGAAGCGGUUCAAGGUCUUUCUGGAUUCUAGUCUUCCGGUGAUUGAGUACUAUGCUGCCAAGGGCAAAGUUAAGAAGAUUGAUGCUGCAAAGCCGGUCCAAGAGGUUUUUGAGGCAGUUAAAACCAUUUUUACCCCAAAAGAUAAUAAGGCUAAGAAUGCCUAAGAGCCUCACAGCAAGUAGAAGGAUUUGUCAAACCCAACUACUUCCGAGGUAAUUACCUUGUCUCCAUCAUGCAGUCUGUAAAGUGACUCGUGACAGCGCGAGGGUUCAUCAGUACUUGAGCCAUAUCUGUGUUUCAUAGACUACUGGAAUUAACUAAAUAUGAAUGUGUAUUGUUAAUUUUCUCGGAUGUCCCCGAAGGGACUACGUGUAUUGUUAAUGGGAUGUAAUGAAUUGGUUUGUUUCUACUUUGCAGGGGAUGUUUUUACUACUAUACUGGAUGAGGAAGCUACAUUUUUUUGUUUUUUGUUCGAGUUGCCUAUUGCGGCUUGUGUUAUUACAGCAGGUUAUAUCAUUAUAGUUUUAUGGAUCCAGUAAAGAUGCCAUUUAAACCAUUGAAGAAAAAGAAAGAACGAAUGUUGGAGGUGGUGACACUAUCUCCAUCCUUAUUCUCCUUGCUAGCAAGUAAGAACCGCAGAUGGUUUUAUUGUAAUGAAUAAAAAUGGGGGAUUAGGAGAUAUAUUUAUGUUACCUUCUCCUUCUCCCCUUUGCUGCUUUUAUUUUCAAAAAAUAUCUGUAAUGUCCCGUUGUCAGCUGAUGAAUGAAUGGCAUGUUAGUAUUUGAAGUUUAUCAAUCAAUCAGUUGAUGGUGGUGAAUGGUUUAAG